CUGGGGACACACUUUGAGAAACCCAAGUCUCGGGUGUGACCCUGGCCAGUCACACUGGCUAAAAUUCAUUCAUUGUCAGACUGGUGAGUCUCUGAACAACCCCAGACCCAUUACAUCUGGAGGUCUCGUCCAGCUCUGGGUGUUCAGCCAGAUUCACCCUUUUCUGUCCAGCCUUGAGUCCUGGGGCUCCCAUUGUACUGAGAGCCAAGACUUUGCAUAGACCCAGCAUUUGGAGGGAGUCAAGUGUCCUCAAUGCCUAGAUCUCAUUGAGAAGCCUUGGGACUGGGAGCUGAGUGAUUCGGAUAAAACCAGCAUUCGGAGGCAACCACGGACAGGUUCUCAACACCUGAAUUGUGGAAAAGAGGCAUCUGAAGCCCUACCAGAGGUAAAUUUCUGUGUGUAGCAUGCACCUGUCUGUGAGACUCAUGGGAAAGCUGGUGGGACCCAAGCUUGAGGGACCACCGGGACAUCAUUGGCCCUUGGUAUUUGUUUCUGGAGGUAGGGGUAGUCUUCCCAGAAGCAGGGGUUGGCCACCAAGUUAGAGAACUGUAUGUUUUGUGUUAUGUGGGCUGCUUUUUGUGUCAGUUUUUCAUUUUUGAGCAAAUUGAACAACAACAACAACAACAACAACAAAUCUUCCACCAAGAAAGGCCGUUUAGUUCUGACGAAGUCUCAUUUUAAGGAUUUCCAGAGAGGAGCCAAGGAGUCUGGAGAACAGGUCUAUAUAGGAAAACUAACUGCCUUUUGUUCCUUUGAUUAGCCUUCAUUUCAGGUGGACUAGUCAUGUGACGGUUCCUUCAAAUUUUCUCUUAUUUACAGAGCGCAACAUGUGAUCUUUAGUAAACCAGGACACAUGGCCAGCUCCCCUACAAUUUGUCUUGGAAAUUCCUGGUAGAGGAAUCUCCAUCCUGGAUGAGAAAGUACCAGCCAAAUCCUUCCUCUAAUGCCGCCAUUUUUAUUUCAGAAGAAAUCAAUAAGACCAAGGGGCAGGGCAGAUUUCAGCCUCACGUUCUACUAGCCCCACCAGAAGAAGAUGUGCCCCCACCCUAUAUGCCUGGGGCAUUAGGAAGAAAGAGGAAUCUGCGGCCAGAGGCACUCCUGAGUCCUGCUCGCAUCCAGAGUGGGUCCUCCUACCAACCCGUCUUGCCAUCAUUCAUUGUCUCUAACUUUGACACCUAGUCCCCUUCUGACUUUCUCUCAGGUGCCUCUUGUCUGCCUGCUUUUCCUGAGGCUGUGAUAGUCUUCAUUUGCUUCUGUCUCAGGGACACACGCUGUAGCCCCUAGGCCGCCUAUUUCACUUGUACCAUUCUCGAUACUCCCCCAGAUCUCCACCUCUAGCUAUCCUCCCCUUCAGAGGGACCCCAUCAUGGGGAGUCAUGCAGAGCAAGGAAGGCAGGAGGGGCCAUCAGUCAGUCAGCUAUGGUCUGUGUUUUCCUCUCUACUAGUGUUCUGUAUACCUGGAAGCUCCAAAAUCUUUUUCCCAGAAAAACCCCAAAGCGUAAUCUCUGUGCUAGAAAUGGUGUUUUACAUGCAUCAAGCGACUUGGGCGGACUGUCAGUAGCUACUUCAAACCCUCUCCACUAUAGAGGAGAAGGAGUCUGAUGGGAAGCUCAGAAGCAGGGCUUGGGAAAUAGUGGGAGACUGACUGCUGAUCUGGUGACAAUUGAAGUUUUUCCUUCCCGAAAAUUAGACCAGGAUCCGAAUCCCCACAAAGGUAGGGAGUCUCUUAACCUCUUUCUUCAGACUUUGCUGGGCAGGCAGUCUCUAGCCCUAACAGAAUGCCCCACAAAUUUUGUGCCCCACCAAUUUGUCUAAGGUAGAUCAGAUAACUCAGGAUUCAGAUGAUUUGCCAUCUGCUUCUCUGGAAUGCUUCUUAAAAGUUUAUAUUUUGACCAGGAGGUCACAGAAAACCAGAAGGCUAUCAAUAUAGCUUUUGUUUCUUUAUCAGCAUCGGACAUUAGGAGAAAGAUUCAGAAAAGAGAGGGCUUUGAAGCAAAGGUACGUAGUUAGAGCUAGUUGAGAUUGCUUCCCUGGUAUUCAAGAGGGACACUCUGGAGGACAGGUAGACUAAGAACUUAGCUAGAAUUGUGGUGGUAGCUGACCAUGGAGCAGGACUUUGGCACCCAAGAUUCAUGAAAGAAGGACGGAAUUCAAGGGAAGUAGAUCCUGGGAGAGGUCUUAGGGUAAGAAAACCCGACCAUUGGGAAGGCAAAUGCCCCGAAAGGGGUGAAUAUUUUAGUGUAAAGAAACCAACUAUUGGAGAAACGCAUGUCCAAGCCCAAAAGCAAAGGUCUGCAUUUAUGCUUCAACUAGAUACAGACCGGCAGGGUCUAGCCUCAACCACCCCUCCCCUGGAGUCCAGGAUUACUCUGAAAGUGUGUGCUGGGUUGGGGUGAGCAUUCCAAACAAUUUCCUCAUGGAUAUGGAAAUGGGAUUUCCCCAGUUCCUUGGUUUUACAGAGAGUGAGUAAACCAUUAAGUAAGAAACACUUUAAUACAAGAAGCUACUGGUUCACAAAUCUGCUCUUGGACCACCAGAGAACUGUGGACCUGGGAAAGGGGGUUGUGACCCACUCUUUCCUAGCCAUGCCUGAGUUUCUGUACCCUCUGUUGGGGUACGACCUGCUCCACAAACUAAGGAGAAAAAUACAUUUUUGAAAGGAUGAGAUAAUACCUAGAUUUGGACUGCUGUUGUUCAUAGGGUUAGAUAAUGGACCUACCUUUAUGUUUAGGGUUACCGAGAGCAUUUCUGCUGUUCUGGGAUCAAUUGGAAAUUACAUUGUGUGUGCUACCUGCAAAGUUCAGAACAAGUAGGGAGGAUAAAUUUGACCUUGACUAAGCUAACUUUGGUGACUGGUGAAAGAUAGGUGAGAUGGGUGAGGCUCCUUCCCUUUGCUCUUCUUCGAGCUCAGUGUAGUCCAUAUGUAAAAGGCGUAACUCCAUUUGAAAUCCUCUUUGGGAGACCCCCCUCUCAUUCUCUCUUAAGUGGAACUAGCUCCCGAAGUUACUAACUACCAACUGUUCAGUCUGUACAGGCUCUGCAACUGAUUCAGGACAGUGUGACCUCCUCGCUUUCCAAGUUCGCCGCCACGUCAUCCACACUCCUUUCAGCCAGGAAAUAAGGUGUGGAUCAAGAGACUCUGAGCUGAGAUACCAGGACGACCACACCUCAUCAUUCUGAUCGUCUCCCCCGGCUGUCACGCUGCCACGGCAGAUAGCGUCUAGACAGUGCCCAGCGUCCACACCUGGAUACAUCACUCUCAGGUCAAGCGUGCCAUUGGGAAUAACAACCUAGCUGCAGAAAAGUGGACUGUUAUCAAGGCCUGUGAAGAUCCACAAAAGACUAGAGUGACAUGGGUUUUAACUUAAUGGUGUUGUUUUGUCUGGCUAUAUCCCCUUCUGUUCUUUCCUGGAACCCAAGUUGGAAGCGCCCACCUCCCCGGGCUCCUAUACCAACCAAACCAACUCCUAGUGCAUGGAAGUUCCAAGUAAUUGCCUUGGAAAACCGCAACAAGACCAUAGCCUCUACCUUCUGUCCGGUCACAGGAUGUGCAAGUACUAUCAGCCUCACCUUUGAUAUAAGGGAUACCUGCCAAGGGAAAUGCAUAAAUGACUUCUACAAUGCUAUGACCUCUCCCAUAUAUGUCUGUUUUGUGUAUGAGCAGACUCGCUCAGACUGUCGGGACCCAAAUUACGGAGGAUGUCCACACUGGGGCUGCAAAUACCAUAGUACCUGGCCCAGAUGGGGUGGAGAAAAUCCUUCCAGACUCAACUCGGUUGAUUGGCAUACGAAGGUUACCUACUCCAUCCCUGACCCCUGGAAUGAUAGAUGGAGGAGGGGGGUCGUGGGUUUAGUCUACAGACAUAAUGAGAAGGAUACAGCCUAUGACGGGAGAACUAAGAUACUCAUCUUUAGAGCUUUAGCCAAGUUCACACCUUAAAAUUCCUUUACUCAAAUGCUAUAAAUACUGUACCUGCCCUGGCCCUGUAGCUGGGGUUCACCGACUGACAUCACUUCCUGCCACAACCACCUUUCUCUCUCCUCCCACUAACCCAACCUCUCUGGCCUCCUUUGAGUCCCUAAUGGACAUGUUAAUACCAUAUACUUGCUCAUGAAUGUAACUAACCCAAAUGCUAUGUCUAAUUGCUGGCUCUGUAUCUCCCCCAAACCCCACAACUAUGUAGGACUCACUAUCUAUCAGAGCCCCAGUUCACCCAUUCCCUUUGCUAACUGUCCAUGGUUGUCUUUCCACUUGACCAUCGAAUUGAUUAACCUAGACCAAAUUCAAGGUGUGUGGGGGAGAUCUACCCCUUUGAGAAUAAAUGCAGAUUCGCUGUAAACAUUUCUCAGUUCCUAGCGACCACAUCGCCAGUGUUCAUUCCGUCCUUCACGGCUUGGCAGAAACUGUCUAGCUGUUUUGGACUGAUGGAUUACACUAUGUCUGUCUAUCUGACAUAUGUAGCAAGCCCCAAAACUCUGCAUCUUGGUAUCCCUGCUCGUCCAGUGUGUAUUUAGGAUGGUCCAGCAGGGAGAGAGCACUUAUAUUUGCAGCCUUCCAGUCCCCGGGUGCAGGAAAAACAACAGCUUGCCAUUCCCCUCCUCUCAAUAAAGCUUAGGCUCAGCUACAGCAGAAGCUGCUCUUGGUGCCGCAGGAACAGCAAAGGCUGGCGUUAACUUCAAAAACAUAGGAUGUCAAAUAACCUCCGAUCUAUCCAUAUUAGAAAAAAAAAAUCUAUUGCCAAGCUAGAGAAACAGGUGGACUCAUUAGCUAAGGUGUUUCUACAGCGUGGGACCUGCUCUGUGCAGAGCAAGGAGGCUAUUGUAUGGCUUUAGGGGAGGAUUGUUGUUCCUAUACAAACCAUUCGGGAAUUAUUAGAGAUAACUUGGCUGUGCUCCAGGAAAACCUCGCUAAAAGAGAGAAGGCUCUAAACUGGGAUGACCAAUGGUUCCCCUUCUCAUUCUUAGGUUUCUCAUGGCUAGGAACCCCACUGUCAGCUGUUGCAGGGUCCUCAGCUCCGUGCUCCUGGUGAUUCCAGUCGGCCCCUGCAACAGCAGUGUCUGAGCCAGAUGCACACAUUAGACGAAUGGCUUUUAGGUCCCAGUAUGAACAGGCACCCACCGCAGAGUCAAGGCUUUGACCUAGGACACAUCUAAAAGGGAGAAGGUGAUGAUUUACAUCGUGUUUAAAACUCAGAACCUGCUGUCCACCUGCUCUAGUCUGUAAGCUUUGUAAACUCUGUCCUGCCAGCUAGCUUGUCCAAGAUGAACGACUUCUUGGAAUAUUUGGGCUAGUCUUAAAAACUGCCUUGCCUCGUUUGGUCAAAAUGUUUAACUGCCUCUACUGUUCUUACACGAUAACAGGUUACAAGGUAAAACGGCCGGUUCUGCUUCUGUAUAAAAUGCUUGCUUGCUCAAGCUGAGGCAUCUGCAGGACAUCUGUUACAAAAGCUAAGCUCUGCCUUCACAUAGGCAGAAUGUAUGCAAACUUAACCCCCAAACUGUAACUUUGUGGUUUUUGCCUUUAUAAACCCUACCUUAACGAUAGCUGGGGACACACUUGGAGAGUCUGGAAUCUUGGGUGUAACCCUGGCCAGUGGCUAAUAAAGUCU